ACAUCUUCGGCCAUGAACAAAGUCAAGGCCGGCUGUCACUGCCGUUCUCGAACGGUUUUCAGAUUACUCAUUAGUAUGCAUGGAACGACGAACCUAAAUUUAACCCAGGAACAGCUUGCAAGGACCUCAUCACCAACAGCUUCCUCCGUCAUCCAUCCAAUUGGUCAGGGACAUCAUCAGAAGAAAUGCCAUGCAGACACUCAAGAACGUGGCUCUCAAGAAACUGAGAAGCAGAUGCAGGAGACCGUCAAACAGACUGAAAUAGGCAGUAAGGAAUCUGAGAGUCCUUUCCAACAGAAGGAACAAAGCCUUUUGAGAAGAGCUAUCAGACAUCUAUUCAUCUUGUUCAUUAUUUUGGGAGUAAUUGUUAUUUUCGUGAUUGCCAGCCAGUAUGUUUACUUGGAAGCAGGACGUAUCUCAAGGUCAUGGGAUCUUGAAAAAUGCAAGAAUGGCUUUGUGAAACUGCGCUUUGUUGGAAUGCACAAUCCACCCAUAUGAACAAAUUAACCCAUAUUGACUUCAGCACUCAAUAAAGCAUUUCAAAAUGGC